CCUGAGCGCGACCCGUCCUCCUUCCCCAGUAGGAGAAGGCGGAAUCUGAGAGUGCUCUCCUCGCAGCUGAUGCACUGCUGGACUCAAAGAUGGAGAGCGACACCACGGUCCGGAGACUGAAGCCCUACGGGACGCGGAGCUUCGCGACGCCCGACGACGACGACUCCUCCCGGCACCGGUGCGGGGACAACGGCUACAGCGGCGACCCGAAGAGGAAGCCCGAAGUGAGCCUAUACCUGCUGCGGGAAGGAGUCGCAACUUCCCUGGUGUGUGUGUUUGUGUUGGCGCUGUGGGGACUGGUUCAUCUGUCGCUACGGCAGCUCGUCAUCGGGAAGCCGAGCGGGGACUUCAACGCGGUGCGAGCCAGAGUGCACCUGGAGCAGAUCACCAGCGUCGGCCCGCGGCCGGUGGGCAGUCCCGAGAACGAAGUCCUGACCGUGGGCUACUUGUUGGAGCAGAUCGAGAAAAUCCGGGUGGAGACGGCGGCGGGCCCCAACCAGCUCACGACAGACGUGCAGCGACCCACCGGCACCUUCUCCAUAGACUUCCUCGGGGGCUUCACCAGCUUCUACGACCGCGUCACCAACAUCGCUGUGAGGCUGGAGCCCAAGGGAGGCGCCAAACAUCUCAUGUUGGCCAACUGCCACUUUGACACAGUGGCUAACAGUCCAGGGGCCAGCGACGAUGCAGUGAGCUGUGCCGUGAUGCUGGAAGUCCUCCAUUCUCUGGCCAACCAGUCCACACCUAUUCACCACGGUGUUGUCUUCCUCUUUAACGGGGCAGAGGAGAAUAUCCUGCAGGCCAGUCACGGUUUCAUUACCCAGCAUCCUUGGGCCAAGCAGGUGCGAGCCUUUAUUAACUUGGAGGCUGCAGGUGUUGGGGGCAAGGAGGUUGUUUUCCAGACAGGUCCAGAGAACCCGUGGCUGGUCGAGGCCUACGUCCAAGCAGCCAAACACCCUUUUGCCUCCGUGGUCGGUCAGGAGGUGUUUCAGAGCGGGAUCAUCCCUUCUGACACCGACUUCCGCAUCUACAGGGACUUUGGCAACAUCCCAGGCAUUGAUCUGGCUUUCAUUGAGAACGGUUUCAUCUACCACACCAAGUAUGACACCGCCGACAGGAUCCUGACAGACUCGAUACAGAGAGCAGGCGACAACAUCCUGGCGGUGCUGAAGCACCUGCUGACGUCAGAGAGGUUGGCCGAUUCCUCGGAGUAUCGCCAUGGCAACAUGGUCUUUUUCGACCUGCUGGGGUUCGUGGCGGUGGCGUACCCGGCUCGGGUCGGCACCAUCCUCAACUACAUGGUCGCCACGGCCACCUUCCUUUAUCUGGCCAAGAAAGCGUCACUGCCUGGCAAUGGGGGUGGCCGCUAUGUUCGGGAUCUGGCCUACGCCACGGGUGUCACAGUGCUGUGCUGGGUAGUCACCCUGAUGCUGGUGCUGAUCGUAGCCCUGCUCGUCACUCUGAUGGGCCGCUCCAUGUUCUGGUACAACCAUUUCUACGCCUCCAUCUGCCUGUACGGGACGGCAGCCGCCGGGAAAAUGAUCCUCAUCCACACGCUCGCCAAGAACCUCUACUACGGGGGCGUCCGAUUAGUGGAGCUGGGUGAUCUGUAUUUUGAUGUGAGUUUACUUCUGUGGUGCUGCAGCCUGGUGUGCUUGACCCAGCAGGGCCUGUGUUCGGCCUACGUCCCCAUGCUGAUGGUGGCCUUCCCCCUGGUCACCAAACUGCUGCUGGCCAGGGAAUUUAAACACAGAGGAGCGUCCCUGAAGUACAGCGUCCUCUACCUGCUGGGCCUGGCAUUGCCAUAUGUCCACUUCAUGUUCCUCGUCUGGGUGGUGUUUGAGAUUUUCACCCCCAUCAUGGGCCGCAGCGGUACGGAAAUCCCCCCCGAGGUGGUGCUGGCCACCCUGGUCACCCUCGCAACCAUCUUUCUCUCCUCCUUCUUUCUGCAUUUCGUCUAUUUGGUACGGAGCACCAAGUGGAUCCUGUCUGGUCUGGGCUCAGCCUUCAUCAUCUUGUUCCUGUUGGUGUCCUGCGGCGUCUUCUUUCCUUUUUCAGGGAGUCAAGACAGUCCCCGGCCGAAACGAGUCUUCCUGCAGCACACGACGAGGACCUUCCACAACCUGGAGGGCCAGGUGGAGAGCCGGGACUCAGGGCUUUGGAUUAACAGUUUUGACUUCACUGGCAUCCAGCACAUCACACCCCACAUCCCAGAGAUCAACGACAGUGUCCGCACGCACUGUCGAGAGGACCGACCCUUCUGUGGCUACCCCUGGUUCCUGCCUGUCAAGUUCCUCAGCAAGAAGAACUGGUACCUUCCUGCCCCAGAAGUGUCUCCCAGCUCUCCAGUGGAGUUCAGCCUUGUGUCAACAGAGGAGACGAGCUGGGGGACGUUCAAGAUGACCUUCAAUGUCAAAGGCCCCAGCCACAUGUCCCUGUAUCUGAUGCCUCACCGGGGAGCGAGCCUCUCCACCUGGUCCUUCGGCGACGGGACGCCUCAGUUCGACCUGAGUGGAGAAUAUUUCAUCUUCUAUUCUCACGGCCUCGACGCCCCCACAUGGACCUUCUGGUUUGAAAUACAGCCUCCCAGGGACCCGGACCCGUCGGGCCCCAAGGGGAUGAUCUCCGUCGCCAUCUCCACCCAUUAUUUCUUCGGGGACGACCAGCGGACUGCUCAGCUGGAGGAAAUGCUCCACAAGUUCCCCACGUGGGCCUUCCCCUCGUUCUGGGUCAGCACCUACGACAUGUACCGAUACUGAGGAGCUGCUCAUCCACGCUGGAGGCCGACGCUCCGGAGAGCCGAGGGCCGCCAGCCGAGCUCCAGAGGCGGAGACAGCCGAUAUCCAAGCAACAAUACCGAGGACGGGCCCUGCUGCCUUUUAUUUCCCACUGGGACACAAACACACACUCUCUAACACACGCACAAACACACACACACACACACACACCCUCCCUACCGGCCUGCCUGAGAGACCCCUCACCACUGUGUCACUAGGCUUUAGCCGAGCAGGAGGACGCGCUGAGACACAGACUGAGCGACUGAGCGACCACCACACGCCUUGUGCUCACUCCUGGAUCAGUGAAACCAAGAGUUUUAACCUGAACUGGGAGAAGUGAGUGAGGAUGAGUGACGGAGUGGGAACGCAGGAGGGAGUGUGGGACAGAGCGUCGAGAUAUUAACGCUGUGAAACGCCUGGUGAUACGCCGCUGGUGCUUUUGGGAUUAGGUGAAUUUAAAUAGUUUCCUGCAAGAAUCUAAUGUAUUAAUGUGAUUGGGUUUGUUGUUAUUUUAUUUGUCAGUGGAAAGUUGCACUCGGACAGAGGUAUAUCACAUGUCACAGUCGAGGGAAAACCAACACAAACGUCCAUAUCAGAAGCAGUUUAACAGAAACCUCCUCGGACGUGUCGACUCAAAUGUCUUAAUGCCUCGUGUCGAAGUUUUUUAAAUUUUCUUUUCAGCAUCUUUGUUCUCAGUCGUGCCCGUUUCUCUAAAAGUUGUUAUCCAGAAGGUUGAGAUACAUUUUUUAAACAAUACUGAUCUUUUUAUUAUUUUUAUGUGAAACAUGUGACACUUUAGAUAACUUGUGUUUCUCCUGUCUUUUUUGAGCUGCUGUUUUGCUUCUUUUUUUUUAAUGCUUAUUUGUCUGUUAGGUGGAUUUGACUGUUGUAUGGGGGGGAUGGAUCUGGUUUAACAGGGUAACUGUGAUCCAUUGGAACAGUUGAGAUGAUUUUACAAUAUGCAAAAAAGCUCUAAUUAUAUUAGCAGAUUAUACAGCAAAUUAAAAAACGCUUAUUAAAUGAA